AUGAGAAAUCAUCAUUUAGUUAGCUCGCUGCUAGAUGCUAGCUGCUGCCUGGAGUCGACUGCCGAGGUGUUAUCAGCUGAUUAGUCGAAAUCAGUUAUUAUUUUUCUUUUAACAGGCGCAACGACGACCCUCUGACACCAAGAAUGGACAUAAGUUAACAAUGACGGGGGAGAAAAAGAAGAAAAAGCGGCUGAACCGCAGCAUUCUUCUUGCAAAGAAAAUUAUAAUAAAAGAUGGAGGAAGUCCUCAGGGAAUCGGUGAGCCCAGUGUUUACCAUGCUGUGGUGGUCAUCUUCCUGGAGUUUUUUGCAUGGGGUCUCCUCACCACCCCGAUGCUCACGGUUUUACGCCAGACAUUCCCCCAGCACACAUUCCUGAUGAAUGGGCUUAUUCAUGGUGUCAAGGGCCUAUUAUCAUUUCUGAGUGCUCCACUGAUUGGAGCAUUAUCAGACGUAUGGGGACGCAAGUCCUUCCUGCUGCUAACGGUCUUCUUCACGUGUGCACCCAUUCCACUGAUGAAGAUCAGCCCAUGGUGGUACUUUGCAGUCAUCUCCAUGUCCGGUGUCUUUGCCGUCACCUUCUCUGUGAUCUUUGCCUAUGUGGCCGACAUCACGCAGGAGCAUGAGAGGAGCACAGCAUACGGUUUGGUAUCAGCUACCUUUGCAGCCAGCCUGGUUACCAGCCCGGCCAUCGGAGCCUACCUGUCUGAGGCCUACGGGGACACCUUGGUGGUGAUCCUGGCCACGGCCAUCGCCCUGCUCGACAUCUGCUUCAUCCUGGUGGCUGUACCAGAGUCGCUGCCAGAGAAGAUGAGGCCGGCAUCGUGGGGAGCACCAAUCUCCUGGGAACAGGCAGACCCCUUCGCUUCUCUGCGUAAAGUGGGCCAGGACUCCACGGUGCUCCUCAUCUGUAUCACAGUGUUUCUCUCCUACCUCCCAGAGGCCGGCCAGUACUCCAGCUUCUUCCUCUAUCUCAAACAGGUCAUAGGCUUCUCAUCAGAGACAGUGGCUGCCUUCAUCGCUGUAGUCGGGAUCCUCUCCAUACUCGCUCAGACGGUUGUGUUGGGGAUCCUGAUGCGUUCAAUUGGGAAUAAGAACACAAUCCUGCUUGGCCUCGGCUUCCAGAUCCUCCAGCUGGCGUGGUAUGGCUUUGGCUCUCAGCCCUGGAUGAUGUGGGCAGCUGGAGCUGUCGCGGCCAUGUCCAGCAUCACUUUCCCUGCCAUCAGCGCCAUCGUGUCCCGUAAUGCAGACCCAGACCAACAAGGGGUUGUCCAGGGAAUGAUUACGGGGAUUCGGGGCCUCUGUAAUGGUUUGGGCCCUGCUCUUUACGGUUUCGUCUUCUACUUGUUCCAUGUGGAGCUGACUGACACAGAUGGCUCUGAUAAAGGUGCCAAACCCAACAUGGUCAACCCCACUGAUGAGAGUGCCAUCAUCCCAGGUCCUCCCUUCCUGUUUGGUGCAUGCUCAGUGCUGCUGUCUCUGCUGGUCGCCCUGUUUAUCCCAGAGCACACAGGGCCCGGCAUGAGGCCUGGCGCCUACAAAAAGCACAGCAACGGGGCACAGAGUCACUCCCACAGCCCCCAGGGCAGUGGGGCAGAGGGCAAAGAGCCUCUGCUGGAGGACAGCAGCGUAUAACCUCAGCUAAUGGGGGGCCAGACACCCUCACUUCACCCCCAAAACCCCCGCACACAUGGACACGGAUACACACAGUUUUACCACAUGGACACACUCGCACCUCGGGCACACGUCCAGACUCAUGAAGAGGUGUUUUGUGUCUGUGUGUUUGUGUCCACAGCACAAAAGUGGACACUCGUUCCUCAGCAGCCCUUUUCUGUUUGUUUGUUUUUUUUUUGUUUGUUUGUUUUUAAAGCAGGGUAUUGUGAGGACUCUCUAAAGACCCUGCGUGAAGAGAGUGCGUCAAGUAUUUUUCAGGGCUGCAGUGGACAGGUGUGCGUCUUGGCCGAGCUGGACUCUUAAAUACUUGGUUUCUCUAAAGCAGUAACAGAGUGGAGCAUACAGCAGUUGAGUGCAAGCGGGGUAUAUCUUAAAUGUUACUAAAUCCCAGUGUGAUUCUUCAUAUUCCUCUGUAGCCAGUGAAGUGGCAACUUUGUCUGUUUGUCCAACGAAAGCAUAACAAACAGUUAGUUGAGCACUCGUCUAAUGGUCUUUUCACAAGUUAACAUCUGUUCUGAUGCGACUGCGGCUCUGUUAAAGCAUCCAAGAAGGGAACACAGUUCUUCCUCUGUAUGCACAGCAGGGAAGCACAUCAACUCAUAUUACCUAUGAGAGGAGUCCCCGCAAACUGAUGUUUGCUGAGGCGCUGUCGAAUCUCAGUCAAGAUGGGUCAACCGGUUCACGUACAGAAAGCUUCGUAAGACCACACUUUAUUUAAAUAUCACACUUCCUACAGAGAGAAAUGUGCAACUGAGACCACUUUAUUAGCUGAAACUGUUUUUCAAUGUUUACUUGCCAUUCUCUAGAUCAGUAGUACAGUUUGGGUUGUAUAUUUUUCUCUGUUCAAACUGAAGGCUAGUUGUGCUUCGAGUUUUUAUUCAAGAAACAAAUGUUGCCUUGAAGUGACUUAAGAGAAAUAUAAAUAUAUAUAUAGACAUUACGUAACCUGUAUGAAGACCGAGGUCUGAGAAGGCUCUGUAAUCUUACGCUAUCGCUCCCAUCGGAGCAGUUACACACUUUUUAUUCCUUCGUUUUCACACCCCUCCUGUUGCUUAGUUUGCUGACAUUUAUCACCAACAGGGGUUAAGGCUUACUGAACCAUGGUUUUAUUUUAAAAGCCUCCGGACCAUUAGGAACUAGGGCGUUGCUAUCAGCAUGUCAGUGUCGGCACUGACUGUUAAUUCGGAGACAACUAAGUGAUAUCAUUGAGUUAAACAAAAUAUCAGUGAUGCUGCUGCAGUGGGAAAAUUCAAAGGUUAAGUGUGAUGUGGUGGAUAAAGAUUUCGACAAGGGUUAUUGGAUAUGAGCUAUAAAACAGCUUUGUGUAAUCCCUGACAUUUAAGGUGUCAUACAGCCAGUCAUUACAAGCUAUAGCACACCUCUCGAACAACAACAGAUGGUAGAAAUUUUAGAUGUGAAGCACCUUGUAGAACUGGCUUGUAACUCAAUAGCUCGCAUUGAACAGGCUGCAGAUUUUCCACCAGGGGGAGCCGUUUGGUCAUUAACAGACCAGGGAUACUGUACACACCAACCUGUAGCACAGAGAGGCAGCAGUAGUUCAGAACAGUAGAUAAAGACAUGUUGGUGAUCCUUCACAGGCAGGGAUGCUUUUGAGUUAAGGUUUCAGUCAUGUUUCUGUUUAUUCAUCCAUACAAACAGGGAAGUAACAGUGCCCCCAUCCUAAAUCAACCAGUGCUAAUCACCAAAACAGAGAAAGUAAAUACUCGUAAAAUAAAACCAUAAUAAAAAAAUGAUACAAAACUACAUAAGAUCAUACUAAAACGUAUGCUAGGGAAACUAAAAGAACCAUUUUAACAACAGAUAAAAAAAACUAGCAUUAGAGGGUAAAAGAAGCAUAAGCGUUCAUAUGAUGACACCUGGAGCAUUGUGAACUCUGUAGUUGUCCUAACAGUCAUUGAAUAUUUAUAUUUUGAUCCAGUGAACAAAAAACAUGGAAAAAAAUCGUCUGCCUGAUUCGGUCUCUGAUAUUUAGAUGUCAAAAUAAUCUGUUAUUUUUCUUGUCUGUCGACAGUCACCAACACAUCUGUAUCUGCAGCUGUAAACUGCCGCCGUUACUCUUCUGGCCAACAGGUGGCGCAGGUCGAAACAUGAACUGCAGCUCUUUAACUGUAUGAUGAUCUUGGCUGCAUCUUGUUUUGGUGCUUCGCAUCAGUGACACUGUGUUCCCUUUGUUCACAAACUGUGUUAACAACUGGUAAAUUAUUCCUGUCACAGUUUUGAACAGUUAAUUUAUUUUUUAAAAAAUGCCUCAAGUGCAUUUAAAUAACCAAAUUAUGAACCUGACAUGGAUUAGUAGCUAACAGUGGGUUUUACACACCGUUUAACAUCUUUCUGAAGUGAAAUGUGCGUCAUAUAUUUUGUGCCAAAUUUUUUUUUGGUUUGCUUUUUCAUACUGUGCGUGUACGUGUGCUUGAGUGAUUUGGAUAUUUGUUUUUUCUUGUCUUAAUUUCUUUGGCUGAAGAUUUAAGUUUUAAUGCUUUUUUUUAUACUUUUAAAACUUACUCCAGUCAUUUUUUGGAAUCUUUUUCAACAUUGUGGCUAGAUUAUCGAAAUUAUCAAAUGUCCAUCUGUGUUUUUGUUGGGUUUUUUUUGUUUAUUUUCAGUCUCGGUCUUCAUUUGAUAACAAGCAUUUCACAGUGGUUAGUUGCAUUUGAUGAGCUCGUUUCUCCCAGAUUUAUCAGUAGAUGUUAACAAAAGUCACUGAAUGUUCGAAGCCAAGCUGUACAUGUUGACCACACUCUACCCUCAGACCUUCUGACUUACCGGUCAUUGUUUUUAUUACUUCAGAGGGGGUGUUACUUAACAGGAGGCUGUUACUGUUGAUUUAAUCUCUGAAUAUCACUCUUUUUUUAAUUAUCAUUUAUUGGACCAACACAAGAAAUUAAGAUCCUACAUAAAUUGGUAAGAUUCUGCACCAGCCCCAUGUGCACUCGUACAGCUUCCACACAGAUGACUGUAAUUGUACAAAAAUCACCUGUACGUACAGUAAAUGUAUAUAUUUAUCGCUCAAGGAGACGGCCACCUCUUGGUCUAUUUGGUUGUAUGGUGCAAUUAUUAUGAUUAUUAUUAUUAUAUUUCUCAAGACUUACCUGCUAGCCACUCCUGUUUUUAGUACGAUGUGGUUUGUGGCCUGAACCCCCCUCUCUGUGUGCCUAAAUUUAGCCAAGAAAUGAGUAUGGCAACAUAAGUAAGAUGGUGGUUAUUAUGUAAAUAUGGGAAACUAAUGACAAACUAUUUAUUAAAGGUUUAUUGUACAAUGAAAUGUUUGAGUUUGCCUCUGUGGGUUUUGGGGUGUGCACCACAUGUUUGCGCCAAAGAUAACUGAAUGAUCAGGGUGUGUCUCAUCAAGUAACCAACUAAUAAUCUCCGGGGUGUUGUGUUUGAGUUGAGGAGCCUAAAUUUAAUGGCUGCUAAAUCCCAUUAGAUCCCAGCAUAAACAGUUUUCUUUUCAGCUCACUGUGCCACACUUUUAGUUUAAUGCUCAAACGCCGUUGGUUGCUUGUUUAGUAAUCCUGCCCUUCAGAGUUCUGUUGCACCUACACACUGUAUACAAAACACUCAGCUGUUAUUAAUGCACAGACGUAAGCUCAUUUACACUCUGUGGUCUGAGCCUUUCUUUAUUAAAACCACAUGGAGUCAGCAGUAAAAUCUGUCCAGGGUAUCUGCAGGUCUUGAAAAGUCUUAGCAUUAAUUUCAGUUUACUUCUAAAGCCUUCAACGGUAUGAAGUCUAAACUGUAAUUUGUAAACAUCUUCCAUGUCUUCUGCAGCCUGUUGUAGGCAGUGAUGUCCAUUAUAAGAUGUUUUGUGUAUGAUUUUUUGCAUAAACUAUCUGAAAAACCUCCAGUUCUGUUGUCUCAGACCUCUGACCAUACAUAAAAUUCAUAUGUGGACUUUUAAAGAAAUAAGUUCUUUAAUAAACUAACUGUUAAAUCCA